CCCUGUCUUUCUCUUUUCCUCAUUCUCUCUCUCUCUCUCUCUCUCUCUCUCUCUUUCUCUCUCUCUUCAAUCUCUUUCAGUUCCUCUUCGAUCCGCGAACUCGCUUAGCUUCGCUUCACAAUCUUUUCAACCUGUCGAAUCGCACAAUGGUACAACUGAAAAACCCUAACUCGCCGCCUUCUGACUCACUGCUACCCGCUCUCCGAUGAUCAUGGAACUCACAGAUUCCGGUUCCGCCGGCGACCGCACCACCGCCCCGCAGCCUCAAGACUCCCGCUCCUCCGGCCUUGAAAUCGACCUCAACGAGAUCCCUUACGCCGCAGCUUCACCUUCUUCCAACCACGCCGAAACCCUACCGCCGCCACCGGACUCCGCCGUCGACAUCGUCCGCGCCUAUCACGAGAACCCCGCGCCGCUACCAGGAGCUCCCGCCUCGCUACCCCGCGGCUCUGCUCCCUGUGCCACAUGCUCUAAGCCGCCUGGUGCCGCCGGUGUUGUCGUCUGCGACGGCUGUGAGCGCGUGUUCCACAUCGCAUGUGCUGGGUUUCGCGGGACCCGCCAGGCGGCGAUCCUUGAUGAGUGGCUCUGCAGCGAGUGUGUCGUCGGCGGAGUGAGGAGCAAGAGGUGGCCGCUCGGCGUCAAGUCCAAGCAGCUCCUGGAUAUCAAUGCCUCGCCGCCCAGUGAUGCUGACGGAGAAGGUGCUGGCGAGGAGUUACAGGAUUCGAGAAAGCACACUCUGGGUGAUAAUUCUUUUGGUGCCAAUCCAUUUGGUGCCCCAGUGACAUGUUCAAACUACUACAAUGGGAACACUUUUGGCUUCCAAAAGGCAUCGGGAGUUGUAACACAUGCUGUUAGAGUGGGUUUUGAGGAUAUACUGAAUCAUACCCAAUCAAUGACUAGAUGCUUUGAGGAGGCUCUUAGAGACUUCAUAUCUGAAAGGCGUGGUGUGCUAGAGGAAGGUUGGCGAGUGGAAUUUAGGCAAUCCAUGAACAGUUCUGAACUGUAUGCAGUUUACUGUGCUCCUGAUGGGAAAAUUUUUGAUUCUGUGUAUGAAGUAGCUUGUUAUUUGGGGCUAACAUCUGGCUACAACUCUAUGGAAUCCGAAGUUAGAAAUGAUAGGUCUCUUGCUUCAUCAGGUGGAACUCAUCUAUCCAGAAAAAGAAAGUCAACAAAGAAUCUAUCCAAUGGUUUUGCAGAAAAAUUAGGAACCUUGAUCAAUAGUUACUGUAGGGAUUCUCCAUCUGAUGCUUUAACUGUGGAAUGUACUGGUGAUCAUGGGCAUGUCCACAAAGCCUCAGAAAUUGCAAGAAAAGAGGAUUGUCAUUCAGGUUGUCUGCAAUCUGCCGAUAGACUUCCUCUACGGUUCGGCGAUUUUUUUGUUCUUUCUUUGGGAAAAGUUGAUGAUAGACCUACAUAUUAUGAUGUUCACCUUAUCUGUCCCAUAGGUUAUAAAUCUUGUUGGCAUGAUAAGAUUACUGGUUCGCUUUUUACAUGUGAAGUUUUAGAGGGUGGUGAUUCUGGACCUAUAUUUAGGAUAAAAAGGUGCUCUUGUUCUGAGUUUCCUGUUCCAGUUGGGUCAACUGUCCUAUCAAUGUCAAAUCUCUGUCAAUUUUUGAAUAAAAAUAAUGGUGAGAGAAAGACUGAUGAUAGCAUGGAUUACGAUGUUCAUGAAAGUAUCCAGAUGAUUCUUUCAGAUCCUUGUGUGCCAACGGAAAAUGAUGUCAUUAAUUGUAUUGCAAGUUUCUCAAAUGAAACAUGUGCUGGAGAUUCAAUAUCCCAAGACUCAGGAUUGAUUGAUGGAAUUGGUGAAAUUUUGGUGGAAGAGAGGUCAUCAUCUGCGGCUUGGAGAGUUAUUUCUCAGAAGGUAGUAAAUGCUUGCAAUGAUAUCUGCAAGCAGAAAGGAAGCCUUAAGUUCUAUUGUAAACAUAUUGAAGAUGAACCGUGCUUACACAAAUGGGACACAACUAGUAAAAAAAGUGAUGCACACUUUUCUUUGUUGGAUAAAUUUUGUGGUUCACUAUGUUCAGUUAGCGUUCCGGAUGUAACUUAUGCAGACAAUGAUCUAAAAGGUUUCUCUGAGGUUUUAGGAAAAUGGCUGGAGCAAGAUAGAUUUGGAUUAGAUGUAGAAUUUGUGCAAGAAGUAUUGGAACAGCUUCCGGGUGUUAAAGAGUCUCUGAAGUAUGAACUUCUAAGCAGUCGGAGUAAUAGCUCAUCAUUGCCAACAGUUGAGAAUGGUUUCCUAGUGGUUGAAUGGAGAGGUGGAUCACAAUAUCAGGAUGAAAAUGAAGCAGUUCAAGGUUCGUACAAGAAGCCCAGAAAAGUGGGACUGACUGAAAGAAGUGUCAGGGAAGAUCGUUAUCCACCUCCUGGGAAGUCGUUAUGUUCUAGAGUUCCUAGUGAACUUAUUGGUGACAUUCUUCAGGUUUGGGAGCUUUUAGACCGAUUUGAUGAAAUUCUGGACUUGAAAGAGCCGUUGUUGCUAGAUGAGCUAGAGAAGGAACUUAUCAACCCAUGGUUUGAUGAAUUGGAUUUGAAUGAGAAAUCUGAGAGGGACAUUGAUGCCGGUCAGGUUUUGAGUUCGCAAGGCACUGAUGAUGAUUGUAGACCAACUCUGUCCCCAAGUUGUGACGCUGGCCCAUCAAGAUACAAAGAAAGUUCUCAUGCCUUUAUUCAAAUGGAAACAGAAGCAAUGAAAGAGGCAGCCCAAGUUAAGCUUGCAUCUUUAACUUACACUCGAUGCUUUGGUGUAGCCUUGACAAAGGCCCAUAAUUCAUUGCUAAGAGUGCUAGUUGGUGAACUGCAAUCAAAGGUGGCUGCCCUGGUGGAUCCAAAUUUCGAACCUGGAGAGCCUAAAACAAGACGUGGAAGAAGGAAAGAUAUAGACAGUGCUAUUCCUGCCAAACGUACAAAGCUCAAUAUGCUUCCUAUUAAUGAAUUAACAUGGCCAGAAUUAGCUCGUCGAUAUAUCUUGGCUGUCUUAUCAAUGGAUGGGAACCUUGACUCAGCAGAAAUUACUGCUCGUGAAAGUGGUAAAGUGUUUCGUUGUUUACGAGGUGAUGGUGGCUUGCUUUGUGGUUCCCUUUCUGGUGUGGCUGGGAUGGAAGCAGAUGCACUGUUGCUUGCUGAGGCUACAAAGAAAAUAUUUGGUUCUUUGAGCAAAGAGAAUGAUGUGCUAACCAUGGAAGAUGAUGAGUCCGAUGCAAAUGAUCCUUCUGAAAAAAAAUUGGGGAGUGAUGGUAUUCUUCCCGAAUGGGCACAGAAGCUAGAACCUGUCAGAAAGUUGCCAACAAAUGUCGGAACCCGAAUCAGAAAGUGCGUCUAUGAUGCUCUGGAAAUGAAUCCUCCGGAGUGGGCGAGAGAAAUACUUGAGCGUUCCAUUAGCAAGGAAGUAUACAAGGGCAAUGCAUCUGGACCAACGAAGAAAGCAGUUCUUCAACUGUUAAGUGAUCUGUUUCGUGGAGGAGUGCAGCAGAACCCUAAUAAAGGAAGGAAGAAAAAGAUUGUUUUGUCGAUUUCUGACAUUAUCAUGAAACAAUGCCGCAUUGUAUUACGCCGUGCUGCGGCUGCUGAUGAUUCAAAGGUUUUCUGCAAUUUGCUGGGUAGAAAGUUAAUCAAUUCUUCUGAUAAUGAUGAUGAGGGGCUUCUUGGAUCUCCAGCUAUGGUGGCCCGUCCUCUUGACUUCCGCACUAUCGACCUAAGGUUGGCUGCUGGAGCCUAUGGGGGAUCUCAUGAAGCUUUUCUUGAGGAUGUUCAUGAGCUUUGGAACAAUGUUCGUGUUGCUUUUGGGGAUCAACCUGAUUUAGUUGAACUGGCUGAAAAAUUAUCCCAGAAUUUCAAAUCAUUGUAUGAUGAGGAGGUUGUCACCUAUUUUGAAAAAUUUGUGGAGUAUUCGAAGGUGGGAUGCUUGAAUGCAGAAAUGAGAAAAGAAGUUGAAGAUUUUAUUGCAUCAACAAGUGAGAUUCCUAAAGCUCCUUGGGAUGAGGGAGUCUGUAAAGUAUGUGGGAUUGAUAGGGAUGAUGAUAGUGUCUUACUAUGUGAUACUUGUGAUGCUGAGUAUCAUACAUAUUGUCUGAAUCCUCCACUUGCAAGGAUCCCUGAAGGAAACUGGUACUGCCCUUCUUGUGUCAAUGGUAAGCAUGCCACUCAAGAUGUUACAAAUCAUGCGCAGAUUAUUGGCAAGCGUCAAAGUAAGAAGUUCCAGGGAGAAGUUCAUUCUCUUUACUUGGAUGUGCUAACUCAUUUAUCUGCUGUAAUGGAAGAAAAAGAAUACUGGGAGUACAGUGUGGGCGAGAGAACUUCCCUUCUUAAGUUUUUGUGCGAUGAGUUGCUUAACUCUUCCCUGAUACGGCAGCACCUCGAGCAAUGUGCAGAUUUAUCUGCUGAGUUACAUCAGAAAUUGCGUUCUCUCUCCACAGAAUGGAAAAACCUGAAAACUAAAGAAGAUAUCUUAUCCUCAAAGGCUGCAAAAGUUGUUACAUGCAUGCCAAAUACCACUGGAGAAGUUGGUUUCAAGGAAGGGGUCACAGCUGCACUCUCAAGUACGGGUAAAUGUCUGGUGCAGCCACAUAAUGUAAUUGACAAUCCUAAUAAUUUUGGGGUAUCUGUUGAUAGUUUGCAGUCAGAAGAGGUUACUAACGAGAAGCAUAGGCUCAAUGGUGUUGAUAAAAGUGUAUCUGUGAUAAAUUCAGAUUCCGAAAACAAACACUUGAACUCCAUAGAUGUAGAAGGACAACUUAGGAAUGUCUCUGCGGCUGUGGCAUCCCAGUGUAUGGAUAAAUCCACAAAAUCUUUUCCAUCACCAAGUCAUAUGCCUCAUGAACAAAAUGGUACUAGUGGAGCAGCUCAUAUCCAGGGUAAUCACCAGAAAUGUGACGUGAAUGACAUAUCUACUGUUGAUGAGUCAGAACCGUAUCGCCUUGAGAUCAAUGCCAUCAAGAGUGAUAUUUCACGAUUAGAAGACUCCAUAGCUGAUGUCGGAUCAAAGCUUCUGAAACUUUCCAUUCGUCGGGAAUUUUUGGGAAUUGACUCCAUUGGUCGCCUGUAUUAUGCGUCAGCUGUAGGCAGAGGUCGUUUAGUCGUUGAUGCAAGUGCUGCAGUUCUGUAUGGAAGACAAAUGGCAGUUGGCAGAGAUUCUGUUGACAAGUUUUCUUCCCUGCAGCAUAAUGUAUUAUCCGACAAGGAUAACUAUAAGAUCAUAGGGUUGCAGAAGGACUCCUCUGGUUUAAUGUCUCCACCAAGUGAUGGUUCAGGCAUUAGUUCUUCAUGGGUUGCUUAUGAAACUGAUGCAGAAAUAGAAGAGCUUUUAAGUUGGCUGAAGGACAAUGACCCUAAAGAAAAAGAACUGAAAGAUUCUAUUAUGAUGUGGCCAAAAUCAAGAGCUCAAGAGUUUCAUAAUUCACCGAAUGAAGGUCAGGCUGAGGAACAAGGAAAUUUUCCUAUACUAAGAAAUAAGGAGAAAACAGCAUCCAAUUCUCUGGUUACAAAGGCGACAUCUUUGCUGGAAAAGAAUUAUGGUCCAUUCUUUGAGUGGGAUGGCACUGAAGUGUUGAAGAAGCGAAGUAAAAAUGCCAGAGUAAAUAAUGAUGAAAAGUUGUAUAGGUGUGAAUGCCUAGAACCAAUAUGGCCAUCUAGGAAGCACUGCAUGUCUUGCCACAAAACUGUUUCAAGUGAUGGUGAGCUGGUUGAACACAUUGAUGGGAAAUGCAAUGCAGGUCUUCCAGCCUUGGAGAAGAAUAGGGAUGAUAAUUUAUCUUCUAAAGGAAGAGGGAACACAAAAUGUGAUUCCUCUCGGGAAAUAUUCAGAGGUGAUGCAGAUACAGCUGGAACUGCGGCUGCAACCAAUGUUUCUUCUAAGCUUAGCUCAAGAUUGAUUAAAUUUUCAAAUGAAGAAUCCUCUUGCCCAUUUAACUUCGAAGAUAUAUGUUCUAAGUUUGUGACAAAUGAUUCAUGCAAGGAAGUUGUCAGAGAAAUAGGUCUUAUUGGUUCAAAUGGGAUUCCAUCCUUUCUUCCUUCCAUAUCUCCCUUUGUUAGUGAUUCUACACUCAUGCUAUUCUCAGCUCAAAACAAUGAUCGUACUGGUGGUGGAGAAUCACUAAAAUCAGAAUGUCAGGUUUCUCAGGGAAGCACUGAUGGAGCUGGCAAAUGCCGUGAUAAAAAGUCUGGAAUGUCUUUAGCUUCAAAUGAAAUUAGUAAAGCCGGGAUUUCCAAUAAAAUAUCUUUGGAACAAAGAGAUGGAAAUCUCUCUGAACGAAAUCCUGCUUCGGAUAUAGGGGUAGAUAGCUGCUGUGUGGUCCCAUUGUCUUCUUUGAGACCAUUAGUUGGCAGAUCUUCACAUAUUUUGAGGCAACUGAAGAUCAGUUUACUGGAUAUGGAUGCUGCUCUCCCAAAGGUUGCUUUGAGACCAUCAAAGGCACAGUCAGACAGAAGGCAGGCAUGGCGGGCAUUUGUUAAAUCUGCAGAGACAAUAUAUCAGAUGGUUCAGGCGACAAUUUCACUGGAGGAUAUGAUUAAGACAGAGUACUUAAGAAAUGACUGGUGGUAUUGGUCAUCAUUCUCUGCUGCUGUCAAAUCGUCUACUUUGCCUUCCCUUGCCCUUCGGAUAUAUUCUCUUGAUUCAGCUAUUAUAUAUGAGAAAAUGCCCAAUUCAAGUGGUGACAGCUCGGAACCUUCUGCGACGGCAGAACAGAAGCCACCGGCCAAUGCUGAUGCAGAUAAACUGAAAGCAAGCCGGAAGUCAAGUCGGAAAAGGAAGGAACCGGAUGGUUGAUCAUUACUGUAUUUCUUGGCUGAGAAAAGCAGAAAGCUGGUCAUUUUUAUAUGCCGUGUUAUUGAUCAUCCACUGAUAUCGAGUUUGGAUGAGAGAGCUCAUGGCAUGGGGCUGACUUCAGGUUAUUGAAACGGCAGCCACAGCUGCUGGUGUCACUUGUAUCCUUGUACAUAUAGGUAAAGCUGACCUGCUAACCCAGAUGCCGGUUUUUGGCCAAGCAGAAUUUGUAGAUCUACCUGCUUGUGGUGAGGGCACCAGCAGGAGGUAAUUGAGGACGCGUCCAAUUUUGAAAUGUUUUCUGCUGCUGCUGCUGCUGGCCCAAUUUGUUGCUUCAUAGCGAGAAGUGGCAUUUACCUUUUUCAUUUUUCUAGCAGAGUCUGAUCCAUAUAUGUAUACAUGGAAUUAUUGUAAAGAAGGAAUAGAUGAGAAGUUGACAAAAAAAAGGAUGGGAAAGAAGUCAGAAUAUGUUAAUUUGAGCAGUUGUAGGCAAAUAUUCAUUCUUUCAUAUUUUUCUCUCACCCCUCACUAAAGUCCUGCACACGCAUGCCCGUGAUUUUGUUCCUGGGCAUCUGCAGAUGUGUUAGAAUGCAGGGUAAUUAUUGGAAUCAAUGCAUUUUUCCGUCUGCUUAUUGUGCAUGCCUAGUGCGAGUUCUUUUGUUUUGUUUUACUUGCUGUAGUUCUAUCUUCAUCGUUAUGGGGCACAUCAUGUAGAGAUGUCAGUGUCCAACACCCCUGGCCCUAAGUCGGUUUGAGCUCUCAAUUCUUAAUGGUAUGAAAGUGAAACCCCAUUCAUUCAUGCAUGUUGCCAUGAGAUCCAACUUAUUUGUCUCUUUGUAUGCAUUAAUCUGUGCUAAUAAUUCAGAUGCAUUGCACAUGUAGAUGUGCAGCUGGCAGGUCCGAAGCAGUGGCUGCUUCUGCGUCUUCUCUGCCAAUCAUUUGGAUCUGUUAUCUGCCAUGCGCAGAUUGUCCUGGUUUGGGUGUCUUCCAUGGAUGCGAAUCUCUAAGCUUUGGGACAAAAAUAGAUCUGUUAUGUAGCAUGAAUCUCUGACAUGUUAGGAUCUGUAUGAGGGCUACUAAAUUAUUCAAGUUCUCUAGCACUGUGAUGUGCUGAUUUGCUGUCGCAAGUUUACAUGGAAUCAUGAAGUGCCUAUCAUCCAAUGCUUACAGUUGGUUAAUGCAUCCACUAAGGAUUUAUGUAAGUACAGUAUUUAAUUGUUAUUUAGUGGUAUCCUUUCUCACUAUUGUUAAUGACAUAAUUAUCCAUAUUUCUCAAAUCAAAACCAGGCAAAAGUAAUCGUAUCCUUGGACAGUAUGCGAAUUUGCUUGGAUUUGUUCAUUUGAGCAUC